GAAUACAAAGCAGUGAAAGAUGGUCCAGCAUGCAUUCAAAAAAAUACAUUUUCACACAGUUAUAUUGAUGAAGGCAAUGAAGAUUGUUUAUUUUUGAGCGUAUAUGUGCCACACUCGUUUGAGGGAAAUUCUUCGAAUUUGGCUGUUUUGGUGUAUUACUAUGGGGGUGGAUUUGUAUCUGGCUCUAAUAUCAAGUCGCAAUACGAUCCUGCUUAUUUCCUUGAUCACAACAUUGUGUUAGUUACGGCAAAUUAUCGUGGGGGUCCAUUGGGCUUUCUCAGUACGGAGGACGCCAAUUGCCCAGGAAAUUUUGGUAUUAAAGAUCAAGCGAUGGUGCUUAAAUGGACUCAACAGAAUAUUCAACGAUUUGGUGGCGAUCCAGAAAGUGUUACCAUAUUCGGAUCGAGUGCUGGCAGUGCAAGUGUUACGUAUCUAAUGAUGUCUCCAUUAACUGAGGGUUUAUAUUCGAAAGCAAUUGCGAUGUCAGGCACAAAUCUAGCACCAUGGGCACAACCAGCUCACAAAGGAGUUGCCAAAAAACGAGCAAAACAAUUUGCAGAGUAUUUCAAUUGUUACUCUCCAAAUAAUUGGACACAAACUAUUGAAUGCUUACGAAAUGUACCCGCUGCCAGCAUCUCAUCAUCAUAUUAUGAUUUCUUCGAAUUCGACACUGAUCCCGUGGUAGUAUUUUCACCAGUUAUUGAGCCUGACGUGCCUGGUGCAUUCAUAACGAAACAUCCACGUGAAGAAAGAGCCGAAACUUCCUCCAAAAUACCAUUCAUUACUGGGGUCAACUACGAUGAGGGUCUUAUGAAAUCAUUGCCCAUCAUGAACUACCCAGGAGUAUUUGAAGAGUUUUCCACUAAUUUAAAACGUGCCCUAUCCAUUUCUCUCUACUACGACCACCAUAAUUCGUCUAUUCAAGACUCGAUAACAAAACAAAUCGAUGAUUUUUAUUUCGGAAACAAUUUUUCAAAGGAUAAAUUUACGAAUUUGACGACUUUAUUCGGCGAUGGAUGGUUUCUCGACGCAAUGGACUCUUAUUUACGAAUGAGACUUUCACACACAGAUGCUGCACCUACCUAUGUAUAUCUGCUAACUCAUAAAGCAUCUAUCAGUUUUUCUGAAGUGUUUAAUGGUGAUCCGGAGACAUUUUAUGGUGUAUCUCAUGGUGAUGACCAGCCAUAUUUCUUUCCGAAAAGGGACACAGUCUUUUCGAAUUCAUUGCCAACAAAAGAAGAUGACGAAAUGCGCAAAUCGCUUAUACAAAUGUGGGUAGACUUUGCUCGUACUGGUAAUCCAACUCCUGAGUCAAGUAAUUUACCAAAAUGGAUUGAAGCAAAAGAAUUUCCGCUGAGAUACUAUCGCUUUGGUAAUCUUAAUUUUGAUGGCAAACCUAUGUUUGGAAUGGAAGAAAAUGGCAUUUUUGAAGAGCGUACCAAAUUCUGGAGAGAAAUCGAAGCAUUUUUGCCCAGCACUCAUUCACAAAAAGAAGAAAUAGUGCCAUCCGAGUCGACCGUAUCGAAAUCUUGUCAAAAGUCUUCCAAUUGUCUCGUAAUUUCCAUGAUAAGCUUGCUAAGUUUGGUAUUCGGACAUUUAUUAUAUAAAUUCGUAUAAAUUAGCAAUAUAAAGGUAGUUAUGAUAUAAAAUUAUCUUUUAAAUCUAUUAUUUUCAUUACGUUGUUAUUAAACAAAGGAUCACCGAGAUUGAUUAUUGUAAAAGUUAUAAUUAUAUUUAAAUAAAUAAAUAAAAUAUGAUCUUUGUAUCAAAAUCGCUAAUUCUUAUACCUAAAA